GUGGGUCCUGGGCUCCUGGUGACACACCGUACACCCCGUGCCCGGAGCGCAGCUGACCUCGGCCCCGCCGCCUGUCCCCCUCAGGAGCGGGAGCAGAUGCAGCGCUACAACCAGCGCAUGGUGGAGCAGCUGAAGGUGCGGCAGCAGCAGGAGAAGGCGCGGCUGCCCAAGAUCCAGAGGAGCGAGGGCAAGACGCGCAUGGCCAUGUACAAGAAGAGCCUGCACAUCAGCGGGGCGGGCAGCGCUGCCGAGCAGCGCGAGAAGAUCAAGCAGUUUUCCCAGCAAGAGGAGAAGAGGCAGAAGGCAGAGCGGCUGCAGCAGCAGCAAAAACAUGAGAACCAGAUGCGGGACAUGGCGGCCCAGUGCGAGAGUAACAUGAGUGAGCUGCAGCAGCUGCAGGUACCGGCCUUCCGCUGCCCCCCUUGGCCUCAGAUUCCCCCAAGGCAGUCAGCUCAGGGACAAAGACUCUGCUAAGAGGGAAGGCUUCUCAUCUGAUGACCCAGGGUGCUACGCAGUUGGCCAAAUCACCUCCCCUUCCCCAGCCAUCGUUCCCACAUCCAUAAAGUGGGCGCGGGUGACAAGUCCUGUUUUGCAGGAUUGGAGUAAAGCUCUGACGUGAGCUGAAAGUGCCUUGCUCAGGGCCUCACAGUGGGCAGGCUGCUGGAUUUCUCAGUCAUCACUGUGUUUUGGGAAAGGGUGUCCUAAUGACCCUAAUACCAGAACCAGAUGCAGACAAGAAAGGAAAACUACAGACCGGUAUCUCUCAUGAACACAGAGGCACAAAUCCGCAACAAACUAUUAGCAAACUGAAUCCCAGAAUUAUACACCGUGACCAAGUGGGAUUUAUCCCAGGCGGGUUCAACAUCUGAAAAUCAAUUAGUGAAAUCCUUGACAUCAGCAGCCUAAAAAAGGAAAUUCACACGAUCAGAUGCAGAAAAAGCAUUUGACAAAAGCCAACACCUGUUCAUGAUAAAUACUGGCAGCAAACUAGGAGUAAGGGGAACUUCCUCAACUUGAUAAAGAACGUCUACAAAACACCUACAGCUCAUCACCAUCCUUCUGGGGAGAAGCUCAAAGCUUUCCCACGAAGAACAGCACCCGGUGUCCUGGUGCUGCCAAGCCCUUCGGUGGCCCCUUUCCCCAGGGAUUUCCCUGACCACCC